CCAGCAAGAAAAUCCGAUGUCAUCGUAAUUGUCGUCGUCAUCACCUCCGUCACUACGGGACAGGCUUGUUGGAGUUGUUUGUACACGGCUCUGCAUAGUCCUAAGUGACAUUAAGGGCUGAGUUAAAAAAAUAUCGGUACAAUAAAACCACGGCAACUCCCAGACUGUCUCACUCUUCAUACUAUUAGUACGACGGUUCACGAUCAUUGCAAGAAGCUAUUGCCUUCUCGACCGACUUCUCCCUCCACCUCGCCUCCUCAUUCUGCUCGCCGUAAAGCAUCCUACGGAAAUAUCGUCUGACGUCCUCACCCAUCGUCACCGACUAGCCCCUAAGCAUGGCGAGCCACGAAGAACGAGCAACCGCCUCAGCCGCAGAAUAUGUUACCUCCGCGGCGGUUGGUCCCGGUGAUAUAGAUGCCGCAAUCGAGGCGGCGCCGCUCGAAGAAGGCGACGGGUACGGUGACGACGUAGAUUCUGCUCUUGGGGACGGCGAUAACGCGAGCUCGACGGCAUCCUUGACCGAGAGCAUAAUGCAGUACCGCACGCUGAACGGCCGCACGUAUCACAGCAGUAGACUUGGGACAGACAAGUACUGGGGGCCUAACGACGAGCGGCAGAACGAGGCCAUGGACAUGAACCACCACUUCUUGACUCUCUGCCUCAACGGCAAGCUUUUUCUCUCGCCGCUGAAGGAUGAUAUACAAAAAGUGCUCGACAUCGGCACUGGAACAGGCUUAUGGCCAAUAGACAUGGGAGACGCGUACCCGAACUGCGAGGUGAUCGGGACGGACCUGUCGCCGAUCCAGCCGUCGUGGUGCCCGCCGAACGUGCGGUUCGAGAUCGACGACGCGGAGCAGACGUGGACGUUCGCGGCGGGGAGCUUCGACUUCGUGCACGCGCGGUACAUGAUCGGGGGCAUCUCGGACUGGCCGCGGUUCUUCCGGCAGGCGUACGCCGCGCUCAAGCCGGGCGGCUGGGUCGAGAGCUUCGAGGUCGAGGCCGACUACCGCUCCGACGACGGCACCCUCGCCGCCGACUCCGCCAUGUACGCCUGGCGCGACCUCUUCAACGAGGGCGGCGCCAAGCUCGGCUGCCCCUUCAACGUCAUCACCGACGACCUCCAGCGCAAAGGGAUGCAGGACGCCGGCUUCGUCGACAUCAGCGUCCGCGACCUUAAAGUCCCCAUGGGCCCCUGGCCCGCGAAUCCGAAGCUCAAGGAGCUUGGGCAGUGGGCCCAGUACAUUUUCGAGCAGGACCUCGAAGGCUACGUCAUGUUCAUGUGGAACAAGGUGCUCAACCGCUCGCUCGAGGAGAUGCAGGUAUUCCUCGCGGCGUACCGCAAGGAGCUCCGCUCGCGCUCGAUCCACGCCUACCUGCCGCAGCGUGUCGUCUACGCGCGGAAGCCCGAGAACGCGUGAUUUUGUCGGCCAGCCGCGAUGUUGUGGUCGCAACGACGGCAGAGGCGGUACUGGCGGUAUUGAAGGCCGCGCUGGAAGUGUCUUUUUUUUGUUUGUCUUCUGGGUUGGUUGUAAGGUUCGGUAGGAUCUGCGGGGUGAAUAGGGGGAUAGGGGCAUGGCGGGAUCGACGAGGCGUAUAUGCGUCGACUACAUGCGUGCGUACACUGUACUAUCGCCUUACUUCCAUGAUAUAAU